AUGUUGGUGUCUCAAGUAUAUUCUUAUAAGGACUUGUUAUUGGCCUUGCUACGUGAUGCUAUUGGUGAGGGUUCUGUGCGUAGAGAACUUCAUGCCAAUGAAUUAGCUGAUAUGCUUCGCAAAACUUUAUUGCCCCGAAGGUACCUUAUCCUUGUUGAUGACGUGUGGGAAAAUAGUGUUUGGGAUGAUUUAAGUGGUUGUUUUCCAGAUGUCAAUAACAGAAGCAGAAUCAUUCUAACAACAAGACAUCAUGAAGUUGCCAAAUAUGCUAGUGUUCAUAGUGAUCCCCUUCAUCUUCGUAUGUUUGACGAAGUUGAAAGUUGGAAGUUGCUUGAAAAUAAAGUGUUUGGUGAACAAAGCUGUUCCCCUCUCCUAAAAAAAGUUGGGCUAAGAAUAGCAAAAAUGUGUGGACAACUCCCUCUUUCAAUUGUUUUGGUGGCUGGUAUUCUGUCGGAGAUGGAAAAGGAAGUAGAAUGUUGGGGAACAAGUGGCCAACAAUUUGGGUACCCACAUUCACAAUGA